UUGCGUGACAUUUGUUCAAAGAUUCAAGAGAUCAGAUCUAAACGAAGGCCGGAGCGGAACGGACGCGCGGAAAGAAGCUCCAGACGUUGUUAUUCUCUUAUCCGGAUAAUUUUGCAAUUAGUCAUCCAUUUAGAGAUACAAGUGCAAUCAAGGAAGAUGAUAUUUUCUGCAGUAAGUGUGAUCUGUAUCGCAGGAUUUGGAUUAGCAAACAAACUCACGCUUCCUGUAACUACCUGUAAGCGCGAUUCGACUGACUAUUCUACAUGUCUGUUGCACGCAGUACAGAAAGCAUGGCUACGAUUUGUGCCAGGAUUACCGGAAUUUGACUUUCCACCUCUGGAUCCAUUAUUCUACGAACACGGCGAACAUACGUUUGAUACCGGUGUGAUACAUGCGGAGCUCAACAUAACAAAUUUAACCUUAAAAGGUUUGAAAAAUAAUCAACUAACCAAUGUAAGAACGCAUUUGGCCGAUGACGUAUUCCGUGUGGAAAUUGACUUCAAUAUACCGAAACUUUAUAUGGAUGGUUAUAGUAGUAUAGAGGGUAGAUUAGGACCUUUCACACUAAAAGGCAAAGGAAAGUUUAACUUAACUAUACUUGAUGUCAGAGGCACGUAUGAUCUUAUGGGUCAUGUUUCAAACGACACGUGGACUGUUGAAAGAUUUAUACUUUAUCCAUCUCUUAAAAAGUUAGAAAUAUUUUUCGACGACAUAUUUGACAUCACAGAAAUAAACAAGCUUGUCGUCGCUUUCAUAAAUGAAUAUUGGCCGUCGUUAUAUCGAGAAGUAUUGCCAAUUUUGUCCAACGUAUGGGAGCCAUGGUUAAUAGACAUAGUCAAUCGAUUCUUCACUAAAGUAUCCUUCUUCGAACUAUUUCCAUAAACGUUAUUGUAUAUAUUAAAACUAUUACAAGAGAUCUUAACCUAACCUAAUCUAAAUGGGGUAGGUAUUAUACUAACAUGGGACAUAAAUAGACAGGUCCGUGAUAACAGAUUGAUUGUAGAACAUGGUUAUCCGAAACUAGAAGUAAGCAAAGUAAACAUUUAUUUUAAUAAAUUGUUUGAUAGCAAAAAGCUAAGUAAGUACAAUAAAUUACUGGAUAUAAAAACAA